GUUCACCUAGUAGUGACACUUCAUAGAAGCUUUGUAGUCUACAACUUUCUGUAACUUGUUCAGAUGCUAACCGGUUACACAAAAUAAUGGAAUAAGACUAAUUCAAUUCGGGUUCAAUAAGUUCUUUUUAUACGUGUAAUAUCAAUUAAUAAAUUAAAAUAAAAUAAUUCAAGGACGUAUCCAUAAGUUCCUUCAGUGGUGUAACAAUGAAAAUCAUUUGCAAUAAAGCCAACCCACCUUUAGGUGGUUUGCUAGCUGUUAAUUACUAUCGAUCUCUUGGAAAUACCAUCGAAAUAUCCUGGGGCAAUGACUCGACUGUUACUCUGCCAAAAUCAUCUAAACCUGUGCCAUAUGGAACAAGCAAUGACUUGAUAAGAAUACUAGAGAAUGCCUUCAAUAAAUCUGCUGGUCUACUCCAGAAAGUGACAAUGAAUCAUUGGCUGUCAUUCAGUCUGAUUCUAGAUGAUGAGAUCUCUAAAUCUGUGGACUAUUUAGACAAAACUCUGGGCCCAUUGACCUAUUUAGUAGGGGAAUCAUUAUCUGUGUCUGAUUUGGCAGUAUUUAGCAUAUUAUAUGUAUCUGCUAAAUUUAAAGAACUUAGAAAUACAAACCCCCCUAAUAAUAUAAUUCGUUGGAUGAAAUUAAUCCAGGCGCAACCACCAAUUGCUGAAGCAUUAAAGGAGAUACCAUCUGAAGUUAUUGAGAAUUUAUCUAAAGCUUCAACAAGGAGAUCACCAUCAGCUAAUCCAGAAACUGGUGCUCGACAGGAGGGCAAGUUUGUUGAGCUGCCACAUGCUGAGAUGGGGAAGGUUGUUGUACGAUUCCCACCUGAAGCAUCUGGGUAUCUUCACAUUGGGCAUGCAAAGGCAGCUUUACUGAAUCAAUAUUACCAGCAAGCAUUCCAAGGAAAGCUUGUCAUGAGAUUUGAUGACACUAAUCCUGCUAAAGAGAAUGCUGAAUUUGAGAAGGUAAUUUUAGAAGAUGUGGAAAUGUUGGAGAUCAAGCCAGACUUGUUCACACAUACGUCACAAUACUUCGACCUUAUGCUGCAAUACUGCGAGAAGUUGAUCAAGGAAGGGAAAGCGUUCGUAGAUGACACGCCCGCUGAGCAGAUGAAGAAUGAGAGAGAACAGAAGAUAGACAGCAAAAAUAAGAGCAAUUCGGUAGCUAAAAACCUGCAAUUAUGGGAGGAAAUGAAGAAAGGCUCCGACAUAGGCAUACAGUGUUGUGUACGCGCUAAGAUCGACAUGCAGUCUGCAAAUGGCUGCCUGCGAGACCCCACCAUCUACAGAUGCAAGCCUGAGACGCACCCGCGAACCGGCACACAGUACAAAGUAUACCCGACGUACGACUUCGCAUGUCCGAUCGUAGACUCUGUGGAGGGCGUGACCCAUGUUCUUCGCACCAUGGAGUACCACGAUCGUGAUCCGCAGUUCUACUGGUUUAUCGACGCGCUCGGAUUACGGAAGCCUUACAUUUGGGAGUACAGCAGAUUGAGUAUGACAAAUACUGUAUUAUCCAAGAGAAAGUUGACUUGGUUCGUGGAGCAAGGUUUAGUCGAUGGGUGGGACGACCCGCGCAUGCCAACCGUGCGCGGUGUAUUGCGGCGCGGGAUGUCGGUGGAAGCGCUGCGGCAGUUCAUCCGCGCGCAGGGCUCCAGCCGCUCCGUCGUCUUCAUGGAGUGGGACAAGAUCUGGGCCACCAACAAGAAGGUCAUCGAUCCCAUCGCGCCUCGGUAUACUGCCUUAGAGUCGAAUCCAGUACCAGUGAAUCUAAAAGGCGUAUCAUCAGACACUAGUCUCACAGUGGCCCUCCAUCCUAAGAAUCCUGAAGUAGGCUCCAAAAAAAUAUGGGUCUCGAAACGGCUGCUUAUAGACCAAGCGGACGCUAAGACGCUAAAAGAAGGAGAAAACGCAACCUUUAUUAAUUACGGCAACAUAUUGAUUGAUAAAAUACACAAAACACCAGAUGGAACUGUAACUAGCAUUGAUGGAACCCCAAAUCUCGAUAAUAAGGAUUACAAGAAAACGCUGAAACUAACGUGGUUAGCGGAGACCUCAAAUUCACCUACUGUUGAGGUGUACUGCGUUUAUUUCGACCAUAUUAUAUCGAAGCCUUUACUGGGCAAGGAUGAGGAUUUCAAGCAGUUUAUUGGACAUCAGACUAGGUGGGAAAUACCAAUGUUGGGUGAGCCGGAACUCCUCAAGUUGAAGGUGGGCGACGUGAUACAACUGCAGCGGCGCGGCUUCUUCCGCGUGGACGUGAGCCCCUCCCCCCCGUCGCCACACACCGCCCGCGCGGCCCCGCUCGUGUUGUUCCACAUUCCUGAUGGACACACCAAGGACAUGCCCGGACAGCCUAAACAAGCACAAACUGCUCAAUCGAAACAAUCUACGUCGGCGGUUUCUGACGUCGCCCAACUCAACGAAGAUAUCACGAAGCAGGGAGACUUGGUUCGAUCCCUCAAGGCCGCCAAGGCUGAAAAGACCAAAGUUGACGAAGCUGUCAAGGCGUUGUUGAAUCUGAAAGCCAAGUACAAGGCAGCCACUGGCCAGGAAUGGAAACCGGGAGUUUCUCCAGCUCCCACCAGCACGCCGGCCGCCGAAAAUGCCGCGAGUUUAGAUCAAGCGAUCACGAAACAGGGUGAUCUCGUACGCUCACUUAAAAGUGCGAAGGCCGAAAAGGGCAAAAUCGAUGAAGCUGUAAAGGCUUUAUUGGAUCUUAAAUCGAAGUAUAAGGCGGCUACAGGACAGGAUUGGAAGCCGGGAGUGUCUCCAGCACCCACCAGUGCACCGGCAGCAACAGACGCCGCGAGUAUAGACCAAGCGAUCACGAAACAAGGCGACCUCGUGCGAUCACUCAAAAGUGCUAAGGCCGAAAAGGCCAAGAUCGACGAAGCCGUAAAGGCUUUAUUGGACCUAAAAUCGAAGUAUAAAGCCGCCACAGGACAGGACUGGAAGCCGGGAGUUUCUCCAGCACCCACCAGUGCACCGGCAGCAACAGACGACGCGAGUUUAGAUCAAGCGAUCACGAAACAAGGCGAUCUAGUGCGAUCACUCAAAAGUGCUAAGGCGGAAAAGGCCAAGAUCGACGAAGCCGUCAAGGCGUUAUUGGACCUAACAUAUAUAAGAAUAAGGAAGUAUAAGGCCGCCACUGGACAGGAAUGGAAGCCAAAUAAUGCAACACCUGCGCAGAAAACGAACGAUGGUGAAGUGGCCGGUGUGCUCUCACAAAUAUCAGCGCAAGGUGAUAAGGUGCGCAAGUUGAAGACUGAGAAGGCAGACAAGGCUGCGGUCGACGCUGAGGUGAAAACGCUACUGAGUCUGAAAGCACGCUACAAGACACUAACCGGUACAGACUGGACACCAAACGCUACUGCAUCAGAUAAUAAACAGGCGACCAUAGACGCGGAAGUUAAGAAACUUCUAGAUCUCAAAGCGAGCUACCAAGCAGUAACGGGUACUGCGUACGCACCACCCGCCCAAGCCCGCGAAACUAAACCGAAAGAGAAGCCUAAGACGCCUAAAGUAGAGAAACCAAAGGAAAAGUCACCUAAACCGGCUAAAGAAGAGUCGUCAUCUGGUGUGAAGAAGGUCACCAGGUUGGGUCUGGAAGCCAGUAAGGACACCAAUCUACCCGAAUGGUACUCCCAAGUCAUUACUAAAUCGGAGAUGAUCGACUACUAUGAUAUAUCCGGUUGCUAUAUCCUGCGCCCCUGGUCGUACAGCAUAUGGGAGGUGAUUCGGAACUUCCUCAGCGCUGAAUUCAAGAAACUCGGCGUCAAGGACGGAUACUUUCCCAUAUUCGUGUCCAAAGCGGCGUUGGAACGCGAGAAGACGCACAUAGCGGACUUCGCGCCGGAGGUGGCGUGGGUGACGCACUCGGGCUCCUCGGAGCUGGCCGAGCACAUCGCCGUGCGGCCCACCUCCGAGACAGUCAUGUACCCCGCGUACGCGCGCUGGAUACAGAGCCAUCGCGACCUGCCGCUCAAGCUCAACCAGUGGAACAACGUUGUUAGAUGGGAGUUUAAGCAGCCUCAACCGUUCCUCCGUACGCGAGAGUUCCUCUGGCAGGAGGGGCACACAGCAUUCCGUACCAAAGAGGAGGCAGCUGAGGAAGUCCUACUCAUACUUGAUCUCUACGCUCGGGUCUACGAGGAGCUACUCGCUAUCCCGGUAGUGAAAGGCCGUAAGACAGAAAAGGAGAAGUUUGCUGGUGGUGACUACACCACCACAGUGGAAGCAUAUAUACCGGCCAGCGGCAGAGCUAUACAGGGUGCGACUAGUCACCACUUGGGGCAAAACUUCUCGAAGAUGUUCGAGAUUGUAUACGACGACCCCGAGACGCAGGAGAAAGCGUACGUGUAUCAAAACUCUUGGGGUCUCACUACCAGAACAAUAGGUGUGCUGGUGUUGGUGCACGGCGACGACCGAGGUCUAGUACUACCUCCUCGCGUAGCAGAAAUACAAAUCAUAGUGGUACCAUGCGGUAUCACCGCGUCCAGUACCCAAGAAGAAAGAAAGAAGCUCAUAGACUCAUGCAAAGAGUUAGUAACCGAAUUUGUAUCUGCUGGCAUUCGAGCGGAGGGCGAUUAUAGAGACAACUAUUCGCCAGGUUGGAAGUUCAACCAUUGGGAGCUGAAGGGUGUGCCGGUACGCGUGGAGCUGGGUCCUAAGGAUCUGGCGCGCGGAGAACUGGUAGCGGUGCGGCGUCUUACAGGAGAGAAGAUCACCAUGAAGCGUGCUACCGCGGCGUCAGACCUCGUGGCGAUUUUGGAUAAAACCCACCAAGAAAUGUUCACCAGAGCAUUGAACGAUCGCAACGCACGACUGUCACUAGUGAAUAAAUGGGAGGAUUUUACCACAGCCCUGGACAGCAAACAUAUACUGUUGGCUCCGUUCUGUGGUAUUAUAUCCUGUGAGGACAAGAUCAAAGCAGACAGUGAGAGAAAAGAAGAGGAUGAAACCGAAGAAAUAAAAGGACCGGCUAUGGGUGCUAAAUCCCUGUGCAUACCAUUCCUGCAGCCUCGCAAUCUCACCGCCGCCGACCGCUGCAUACAUCCCAGCUGCGACAGAACACCACAGUUCUUCACACUGUUUGGACGUAGUUACUAAUAUUAUUUAUGAAAGAGAAUU